AUGUUCGUGUCCGUUCUGCUGCUGCUGCUCUCCGUGCGCCUCUGGCUGAUAACCGCUUCGCCACCGACCUUCCAGCACCAGGACCCGAUCUCCGGCAGGUCCCUGCAGUGCGACCGCUGCCCACCGGGGAACUUCCUGCGCGCGCGCUGCUCGUCAGCCCAGAGCAGCCAGUGCGCUCCGUGUCCGGAGGGAUCGUUCACGGAGCUGUGGAACUACAUCCCCACGUGCCUGCGCUGCGGGGUGUGCGGACGGAACCAGGUGGUGAAGAAGAAAUGCACCGCAGACAGCAACUGUCAGUGCGAGUGCAAGCAGGGCUACUAUUACAACCACGAGCAUCACAUGUGCUUCCAGCACAGCGCGUGCCCGUCCGGACAGGGGGUGCUGACACCAGGUACAGCAGACAAGAACACGGUGUGCCACAUUUGCUCCAACAACACUUUCUCCAAUGUUUCCUCUGCCCACGAUGGCUGUAGACAGCACAAGAGUUGCAGUGAUGCUGGGCUGAAGCUAGUGCUGAAGGGCUCUGCCUGGCACGACAGUGUGUGCGCAAAAUGUGGAGAGGUCAAAGACGGAGCAGAGUGCCUCAAAGAAAUCAUCCCGGCUUUCUUCAGGCAUCAUAAAAUCAAGAUGAAAUCUCUGCAUCGAAUUAUUCACAAGCUGUCAUCAAAAAGAAAAAUACAGGGUAGAACGUCAAAGCUCAGCUUCUCAGAACAUCUUUCAUUAAUCAGUAGUUGGGUUUCCUCGGCUACGUUGACACAAAUCCAGAAGCUCCCAGACGUACUAAUUAAAGUUAAAGGGAAAAGAGUUGGGGAGCAACUGCAGAGGAAGCUGGACCAAAUCAACACAUGUCUGAUAAAAAGUUGUUUGGUCAUGGUGGUGAGGUGCAGAGCCGAAUCCAAACUGGGCUCCAGAGAUGAAGGACCAGGCAGGACAGACAAGGCAGGCGAGUGGCUGGAGGGCAAGGCACAAGGAAUGAGGAACAGGACUAAGGGAGAACCAGAACUGGACAGGACCCAAGAAGGCUGGAUAACUGCAGGCACAAAAACAAGGCCUUCAUGCUUCUCUAAAUGUCAUCUUAAACGUUUCUACCGAGAAAAACUGUCACGUCUAAGUCAUAAACUGUCACACAUCAUUGGCAUGUACUUCUCCAAAAUUUGA